GCCUUCCUGCUCCUUCUCGACAAGCUGCGCUCGCUGUUGAUCCCCCUGAUCUGGGCAUUUUUUUUCGCCAUCCCCAUCCUGGCCUUCGCCGACCGCGUGGAGGAGCUGGCCGUCGUGCUCUUCGACAAGGCGACGGUGCUGAUCUGUCGCAGCCGCUCCAGGAUUCGAGGGCUGCCUUGAGCUUCCGCCACGUCAGGGGGCACAACCGCAUCUACCUGGAGAGCACCCCGGACACUUACGCGCUGCUCCAGCGUGUUCGCUUCCGGCUUCUGCGGCGGUGCGUGCCAUCGUCCGGGUGCUGCCCCCUCCUCGCGCGGCUGGACCAGUGCUUCCUGUCCAGGCUGUGGGGCCAGCGGGUCAGGAUAAGGUCGAUGACGCUCGGGGGAGACGAGAUGGGCCCCUCGGCAGUCGGCGGGCUCAUCAAGGGGUGCUCCUACCACGCCUUCCCCAGCGCGCCCGGCGAGCUGCUGGCGGGGGACGCGGAGAGCACCAGCGUGGAGCUGCAGCUGUUCCUGGACCGGCAGAAGCAGUACCCGGCCGUCCUGGAGCUCCCGAGCCUGCAGGGCUUCGGGGAGGAGAUCGAGGGCACGCUGGAGGUGGACAAGCGGAGCACGGUGUCUUGGGCCAUCUCCAUGCUGAUCGCUUUCAGCAUCGUCGGCCUCAUCGCGUACGCGUUCGUGAUCCUGAUCGGCCAGUCAAUCACAGGCGUACAGGACAACUUCGAUGCUUACAAGAAGGGCGUUGAAGACCUGAUCGACGACGUCAACAGGGGCCUGACUCACAUAUUUCCAAAGGAUAUGCUGGAUAAUAUCAAGAGGAAUUUCAUCGGAGAGUUGACCCAAUUCGGCAAGGACCUUGCUGGAGAUAUUGUGACCAUUCUCGAGGAUACCUUGGGGACGCUGUUUCUGUUCUUUCUGUAUUUGGCAUUUUGGAUUGCCGAACCACUUCCGAUCAGCGAGCCGGCCACAAAAGUGUUCAAAGACUACAUGACGCUGAAGACGUUUGUGUGCUUUCUCUUCGCGGGCAUGAUGGCCGGCCUGCUUAAAUUCCUGUUGUGUCCUAUUUGGCCACUGUAUUUUUUCCUGACGUUCCUCCUGAACUACAUCCCCGAAGUGGGGCCGAUCCUCGCGGGGCUCCUGAUGAUCCCAGGGGUCCUCCUAGACUCGACCCUUCCGAAGAAUACCCGCUACGCGAACGUGACCAUGCUCGUCAUUUUCGGCACGCUGGCCAAGAUCCUGACCGGAAACAUCAUCGAGGUGAAGUUGUACUCGAAGUUCGGAGGCGAGUUCAUGCAUAUACACCCAGUGACUCUAUUUGUCUUCUUCACCUUCUGCGGGUACCAGCUCGGCACGACCGGCAUGUUCAUCUCGGUCCCGAUCCUCGGGGCGAUCAAGUACGCUCUGCUGUCGGGAGCCGUGCCCGAGCGGUACCUGCACACCCUGCUCGUCGUCAUCGAGGGCGACGCGUGGGCCGCGCACCGCAGCCUGCUCCGCAGGGAGACGACGCACUCGGCGAGCACGCUGCGCGAGGCGCCCGCUGCAGGCGUGCACCUGGCCGGGAGCGAGAGCGUGAGCAGCGAGAUGCGGGCCAUGGCCCGCUGCUAG